AUGGCAGCUCUUCAGCAGCUGAAGACAUCGGAGAUGCCACAUCGAGUGGAAACGUUGAUAAACACUUUACAGGACUUUUUACUGCAUCCUCCUUCUGAUUGGCUGAAAGAAACAGAGGACCUGUUUGUCCCGUCCCUGCCUGCUGUGUCUUUACAGUGGACGUACCGAGAUGGCCGAUUGAUUAACUUACCCGUCAGUCUCCUAGUGGAAGGUGACAUUAUCUCUCUGCGCCCAGGCAGCGAGGCCCCCACUGAGCUCAGGGGUAUCCAGGAAGAAGAACACGUCAUCCUGUCUCAGAGUGACGUGUUCAGUCAUCUCUCAAGUCCUCCAUCCUCUCUGGAUCAGGAAAGGUCACGACCUCACCGUUUACUUCAGCCUAAACUUUUCAGGGUCACUCAGACUCCGGCCGUGGAAGUGGUGCAGAGGUGUUUGGAGCUUUCUCAGCACAGACCUGUUUCUGUGUUGGAUAACGAACGCUUUACAGUGCAGACAUUACUCGAGAGAGGUCCUGCUCCACUAGCUUUGAUGGCGUUGUUGGUGCUGAACACACUGCGUUACAUUCUGGGGGCUCCUGGAGUCGGACCGUGGCAUGUUACACUAUUGCAGCUACCAGUAAAUGGCAUCCUUCCCCUUUUACCUCUGACCUUCCCGUUGCUAUGGUUUCUGGUGGGAAUAUACGGGGAAGUGCGAGUCCUCCUUCAUAUGGACCCUCAGCCAACAGACUUAUGGGAAGUGUGGAAGCUGACAUGCAGGAAGUAUGUCUCUGUGCUGUUUGGACAAUCUUCAGCGCUUUGUCACACAGCGAGUCUCCUACACAACCUGGGCUCCGUUACUGUAUUAUGCUGUGUUGAUAAACAAGGUAUCCUGUCUUGGCCGAGUCCAAACCCAGAGAAGAUUUUGUUCUUUAGCACGUUGCUGUCCUCAGAGAGAACAAAACAGAAAGAUAAAGACAGAGAGAAAAUGAAAGAUGACAGGAUUGUGCCACGCCCCCACUGUGGUCUGGAGAUGCUGAGUCUCUCUCUGGACCAGACGCACUUUGAUGACAUUCAGGUGCAGUUUGACGACAUGCAGUGGGAGCGCCAUGCCCCUUCUCUACGCCCACUUGGUUUGGCCAUCCAGCUGCUGCUUGGCAAUGCCACCGUGGCGACACGUGUACUCCGCCUCUCAGAUCACCUGACCCAGGCUGCACUGCUGCGCACACGCCCACCCUGCCAGCCAGUCCGCCCACCCUGGGGCCUCUGCCAGCUCCCAAAGCUUCUGGGGUUCUCUCCUUUGGCCCGGGAGCCAUUCCAACAGAGGAUGAGCGUAGCUGCCUACACCCUACCCACAAUCCCAUGCCCUGGAGAGCCUGGGCUGAUCGCUCCGCCCCCUGUUUCCAUGAGACGCCUCCCGUUCUCACAUCUCAUCGCCCUGCUGGUGCACCACGCACACACUGGUGAAUUCCAGCUGUUUUCUUACGGCUCCGCUGAUGCAGUCCUCAGCACAUGCUCGGAAUUCUGGAACGGAGAAGAUCUUGAGAUCCUGACAGACUCGGACAGAAAGAAGGUGGUGGAUUUUUACCAGCGCUCCUGCAUGGCAGGUCAGUGUGUUGCCGUGUCCUUUAAACCGCUGCUUCAACCUCACGAUCCUGAGAUAGACGGGAUGUGUGUAGAACUUCCAUCGAGUCUGAGCAGCGGAGAUGCAGAUGAUGUGUUCUUGUCUCCCCUCAAGCAGCAGGUAUUCCUUGGCCUGGUUUCUUCUCAGUACCAGGUGAGACCUGACAUGGUCAGACUAAUCUCUGGACUCGACAGUGCAUGCAUUCGCUUCGUUUAUUUCUCAAAUGAGGAGGAAGUUCGGAGCAAGGUGUUUGCUGAAAAGAUGGGAUUAGAGACCGGUUGGAACUGUCACAUCUCUCUGCAGUCAGAAUGUUUUCCUCUCGAUCCAGAAAAUAUUCAUCUAACAGAAAGAGACGAAGAGGAAUGUCAUCUGAUUGGGGAGUGUGUGAGAGAGGAGGCGGAGUCAAGGUCAAUGGAGCACGAGAGUGCCUGUCUGAUUGAAGAUCUAAACAGGGCCAAGCUGCCGAAAGGUAUUGAGAACGUUCGGCCUCACCUGGAGAACAUUGAUAAUGUCCCACUGCUGGUUCCUUUAUUUACAGACUGCACAUCUCAGACCGAGUGUGAGAUGGUGUGCAUCAUGCAGGAAUAUGGAGAAGUUGUGUGUUGUCUCGGCAGCAGCCAGAACAUCAACAACAAUGCCAUCUUCCUUCAGAGUGACAUCAGCAUCGCACUCGAGCCGUUGGUCCCUGUGUGCUGUCCCUCCAGUAACCACGUCCACCCAAAGACUCAGAACAAAGCGAGCGGCUUGAGUCUGAAUCAGCUCUCCAGCGCCAUCUGUGGGUUAGCGUGCACUGUGCAGCUGCACCGUCAGGACAAUAACGUGGUCAUCAGACUUAUCAGACAGGCUCGCCACACCACGGCUGGGAUCAGGAAGUGCUUCCUGUUUCUGCUUCAGUGUCAGCUCUCGCUCGUUCUCAUACAGAUUUUGGCAUGUAUGUGCCAACUGCCUCCUCCUCUGGCUACCAGUGAUGUUCUUCUUCUCUCAUGUUGUUAUUACCCCUUGCUCAGUGUGUCAUUGCUGGGGAAGCCGUCUGACAGCUCCAUCAUGAAGGUUCCUACUGGAAAAAAUCUCAGAUUCCUCCCAAAAAAGACGCUGCGAUUCUUCGUGCUCUGUUUCUCGGUGAAGUUCGGCCUGACCGUCUGCAUCUAUUUAACAUGUUUUGGUCUUUUACUGCACGCUUUCUGCCUGGAUAUAAACCACGAGGAGGAGAAACUCUGUUACCCAACAGCUCUGCUCACGAAUUCCACAGUGUGGUCCCCGGACUGGUUUGGUAAACACUCGGACGGGCUUUCUCUGGGACAGAAAGUCAUUUCCUUGCUCACUCUUCUCUACGCAAUGUGUACAUCAGUCAGUCAUGUUCAUCGGUCAGCACCCUUGUGGAAGCAAAACCCUCUGAGUAACCAAAGCUGGUGUGUCGUCAUCUGUACACUACCCAUCCUGAGUGUCUCCAUAGCAACCAGUUCCCGCCUCCUCUGGCAUGACCCCGCCCCUCACCACACUUUCUACAUCAGUGAUGUACCGCUGGUCACCUGGUUGCUAGGAAUCCUGUGGCUCUUCCCCCUCGUAUUUAUUAACGAGGGAAUAAAGCUGCAUGAGAUACGGAUGAGGGUGAGGUACCAGAAGAGGCAGAAGCUGCAAUUUGACACCAAACUUGGAAUGAAUUCUCCUUUCUGAUCAACAUACUGUACAGACACACACACACUCAGACACACACACACUCAGACACACACACUGAGACACACACACAGCACAUAGACACACACACAGACACUGCACACAGACACACACAAAAACACACACAGAAACACAGACACACACAGACAGACACUGCACACAGACACUGCACACAGACACACACACUGAGACACACACACAGCACACAGACACACACACUGAGACACACACACAGCCACACACAGACACACACACAGCCACACACAGACACACACACAGCACAUACACAGACACACACGCACACUCAGACACAGACACACACUCAGACACACACACAGACACACACACAGACACACACACUGAGACACACACACAGCACACAGACACACACACAGCCACACACUCAGACACACACACAGACACACACACUGAGACACACACACAGCACACAGACACACACACAGCCACACACAGACACACACACAGCACACACACAGACACACACACACACUCAGACACAGACACACACUCAGACACACACACAGACACACACACUGAGACACACACACAGCACACAGACACACACACUCAGACACAGACACACACUGAGACACACACACACAGCCACACACAGACACACACACAGCACACACACAGACACACACACACUCGGACACAGACACACACUCAGACACACACAGACACACACACAGCACUCAGACACACACAGACACACACACAGACACACACACACAGACACACAAAAACACACAGACACACACACAGACACACACACAACACACAGACACACACAGACACACACACACAGACACACACACAGACACAGCACACAGACACACACAAAAACACACAGACACACACAGACACGGCAC